GAAAUAGGAAAAUUCGAAAAAUAAAAUAAAAUUUGAACCUGGAUGUUUGCCUGUCCCACGCGGGCGAUCAUGCUCAAUCCAUUUAUCGGUGGCUAAAUAUUUUAUGUCAGAAAAUUCUGGUUUCGUUUGCGUAAUAAUCCUGCGACGGAAUUUCUGUUAUUGUGUACGGCCCAGGAUUCGAUCUUUUGAGCUCUGUUGUUAAAUUUAAAAUAAAAAGCAAAAUAUAUUUCGAACGGGCUAGGGUUUGAAGCUGGGAAUGCCUUGAAAUCAUGCAAAUGGCUCAGGAAACGCAGGCCGCGCCCAGCGAAGAGCCUCCUGCUACCAUUCAGUAUGAAGCUCCUUCUUCUUCGCCAGGCAAGAAAACCACUCGACAAUGGGCUGCUUGGACUCAUGAAGAAGAGGCAAACUUCUUUAUUGCAUUACGACAAGUUGGAAAAAACUUUGAUAAAAUUACCAGUCGAGUACAGAGUAAGAACAAGGAUCAGGUUCGACACUACUAUUAUCGUAUAAUUAAAAGGAUGAACAAGCUUUUAGGUCCCGCCUUCGUGUUAGAUGCUAAAAAUACAAAAGAUGCCAAUGCAGCAUUGCUUCGCUGGUGGUCAUUGCUAGAAAAGUAUAGUUGCUCAGCUUCAAAACUUCAUUUGAAGCCAAGACGUUUCAAGACAUUUGUUACUGCGCUGGCACAUGCACUGUUGAAGGAUCAGAAAAAGACAAAACGAAAACAAUCUCUACAGGAUAAUGCAACUCCUGCCACUGGUGAGAUUCCUGCAGGUGCAAGCAAAGCAGUUGUCAAUGAUCCCGAGUCAGCAAAAAUGUUGGACUUUGAGGCACAAAAUCUUCAAAAGAUUGGAUCUGGAAAGGGGACUACAGUAAAGCGAAACGGGGGCCAAAGUACAAACCGUUGUAAAGGAGAGAAUUCAAAAGUUAAGCCUUGUCAACGACGUAGAAAGGCUUCAGAUGGCCCAGUUUCCUCAGCUGCUUUUAAAAGAUGGGAGAAGGCUGCUAAUGCAGGAGUAACAUUAGUUGCAGAAGCUGCUGAGCAGCUAGAGCGUGCAGCUCUUGCCAAGCAAAAACCUUCAGAUCAGGCAGUUUUGCAUAGUCCUCCUAAUGAACAAGCUGUACCUUCACUUGCAGAGGGCACGUGUUUACCAAAAAAGAGGAAUGGACAAGUGCAAGCCAAUGCACUGAAAGCAAGUGUAUUGCAAGGUGCAACACCACAGCAAUUGUCACAGCCCUUUCAAAAUUCAGACUCAUUCAAAGCUCCAAUGGAUUGCUAUAAUUCUGAAUUGUCAGGAAGGGCAGAUAGUGCUGCGAAACUUAAAUUGCAAUUGUUUCCCAUUGAUGAAUUUACACGGAAAGCAUUAGAGAAGGAUGGGCAUAAUCCAUACUUGGAGCUUACUCUGAAGGCUCGUAAGAUGAUUUCAUCAGUGCUUCAACAUCUUAUGCAGAAAUGGGGAAGUUCAAGUGUUGCAACAGGUGAAUUAAUGCUGUUCCCAUACAAUGCACAAUGGAAAGAUCUUCUCAACUGUCAAAAUUGGACACUGAAAGAUACUGCUGCCUGUGCUGGAGAUGUGUAUGCAGCUCUUGGAAGUCCUACGAUCUUCCGUUUAAGGUAUGGUUGGUUUUCUUCUCGUGUUCUGCAGAUAUCAAAUGGAGAGCCCUGUCAGCAUCCUGCUUUCAGUGUAUCUCAUCCAAUUGACAUGACUCACAAGAGCACACAGUGUGAAAGUAAUCGGAUUGGUAAGUUGCGCAAAUUGGAUGUUAGUAGAAGCGAAGCAAUGGCUGAUUGGACCAAUGAAGAAAAUAUAUCUGGAAGUUUUGGCUAUGGAUAUUCUCUUAAAGCAAGGCAGAAUGGGAAUAUGCACAAUGGCUCAGAUAUAGAACUUCCUUUCGCUCAUGUUUCAAACCAGACUUCACGUGUUUACUCUGAUUAUGUGCCAUCCAUUACCCUUCCUCUUGAGUCUGUUCAAUCAACUGCUCAAAUGUCAACAGUAACAAGUGUAAAAGAUCCAGCCAUGUCAAUAAGGCAUCCGUUAUCCUUUCCGCACUCUGUCAAAGGGAGUGGGGAUGCUGAAGUAGGUCAUUGCAACAGAUUUAGUCCAAGGUCAGUUGAGGAAGUUGAAGACAAGUGCAAGCUUAGUGAUCAGGGUAACACAAAUUUAUCAGAUCCAAUUUUGCACGAUGUAGUGCCUGCAAAAGCUUGUAGAGUCCCAGAAUUCACCAGUCAAAUACGUGGUUCAGCAUGGCAAAAUGAAGAAUGUAAUGGUGGAUUUGUGGAAAGGCUCAUGGGAAAUGAGGAGACUCAAAAAUUUAAUAACCGCAGUGGACUGUCAACAAUGGAUUGGGUUGACAGUCUAAGCAACAUAAGCAUCGGGGAUCUCUUGAAUGAAGCAUCAUGUGCAGAGCAUGGCAAUUCCUAUGAGGGUCUCUCUAUUGGUAGUGGCACUCAACAUCAAUUGUUUCCACAAUAUAUGGAUUCCUUUGAUGCUGCAAUCAAUGCACAUAUUGUACGUUCCCAAGAAGUAACUAACAUGCCAAUCAAUCAUUCUCAACCAUCAAUUUGGGAUGGUGAUGAAACAUGUGAUGCUUUUGCAUUCCGGAAAAUUCCUUUCUCCACUCAAGAGUUGGGAACCGUUGAUGAUAUGGUUACAAGAUUAAGCUCUCAGGAGGUACCCAGAAAUUCAUGUGGCCUUUCUGGAUCAUCAGAGAGGUUUGCCCAAGGCAACUCAAUUCCUGAGGAAGAUCUGAAGGCGGGUUCUUGUGCUAGAGAACAAAGCCACGAUGAUAUUGGAGAGAGAGAGUCUACAGCUAAUGAUCUAUUCUGGACGGAUUCAUUAGGCUCUUUAGAUAUCAGUGCCCGCCCGUCCGGAGUACAGGGUGUCGAUUUUCUUGCAGGAGACAACAGUAUCAGUUUCAGUGGGCUGGUUGCUAUCAGUUUAGAUGCAUUUCAGAACUGCUCUAUUUUUGGAAGUGAGAAAAAAUUUUCAAUGAGUGUAAAUGAUCAGGAUCAGCAAGUUCAAUCUCUAUGUCCCACUAAUAGAAGUGAAAAUGAUUCUGUGUUUGUAUUUGAUAGUAAGAACAUGGAAAACAGCAAGUCUGUUAGUUUGGAUGUAAACCCUAAUUUUCAAGCAUCAAUAGUUGACUUGCAUGGAGCUGAAAAUCAGUUAACAGCAUCCAUAGAUGGUGUGCCUGUUUAGUUUGGGGUUGUGGAAGUGAGUGCCAUCCUGUGAGAAGGUUAUACAAGUGAGUUCAUGUUUUUUAUAAAAAUAUUUUUAAACA